AUGUCUUCGUCAUCAGAGAUGAACAGAUACUGGAUUCCCAGGUUGGACAUCCAUAAGAAAAUAAUUACUCAAGAGCUUCCUUACUACCUGGGGCCGGAUGCAACGGUCAGGCCGUAUACAAACGAGGGAGAAGAUGGUUUUCUCAUCACCACACCUGGCCCUUGCCUGACAGACGAGCAAAUCGAUGAUAUCUGCAGGAAGUCUAAAGAAAUGUGGGAGCGACAGGCCGCAAUUAGGGCACAGGAGGCCGACAAACCCCUCAAGAGACCACUACAUCAGCCAGUAGUAAUAUCCCGAGGGUCUAAGGAGUCAUCGCGAAGAAGACACGAGGUACACCGGAGCAACGAGCGGCAUCGACGUUACGAUGAUAGGCGACGCGAGUGA